GGCAGCACACAACAGACCUGAUAGUAAAGAGAGGAGAGAGGGUCCUUUGUCAACGCCCCCCUCCCGUUUCUUUUCGUUUUUUUUGAAGCAGUCUUGGUGCAGGACUGCAUGCUCGGCGCACCUGCAGCCUAGUCCGGACCCAGACUAAGCUGCCCUGCUUUUGGAAGCUUUAAAUUGCUACAAAAAGAAGAAUCCCGAGGAGGAUGUAAAUGCAUUUAAGAAUGGACGUUUUGAGGUGGACGCGUGAGCAGGGCGCCCUCCUGUGGCGACCCGAUCAGUCUUCCUGUUGACUCUUACCUGAUCUUGAAAGGAACGACUGAGAAUCUUCAAGACUGACCUUGUGCAUGCAGGCUUGUUCCACACGAUGAUCCGAACAGCGCUGGGUGAGGGCAAAUGGAUGAUCUUGAUCCGCUGCUCCGGAGGUGUGGCUUGACAGGAGACGGAGUAUACGGCAGAAAAGCGAGGACACGCCUGUAGGGCGACUCGCUAUCAGCCAGCGCAUUGAUCUCGAGAUCAGCCCGAGACCUCAACAAGGUCAAAAUCCAAUGUCCAUCAACAUGACUCAUCCAAGAUCGAAAACAGAGAGACUGGAGCUAUCGCUUCCUUCCAGAAGUGGAUGUGACUAAGAGACACCUGGAGUGCCUUGGUCCUCCCUUCCCUUCCUUUCCUGAAGCUCAAUGUGUCUUUGUUUUAAGAGUCAUUUGUAGAAGAAACCCUUCCCAACUCUUUAAAUCAAUCUCCCUUGAUGCAGAGUGAGCCCUGCCCUCUGCAACCUCCGACAGGUUAAAGCUCCCUCCUCCAAGAUGGACAGUCCAGCAAGGGCCCCUCUUGGUGGAUUCGGCACCACCACUGCCACCUCCUCCCUGGAUGUCACCGGAUGGACAUCCUGGCCAGGAAACAGCUCCAUGGAGCUCAACCAGAGCCUCGUCAUUGCGGCCGGACUCGGGGGCGUGGGCGCGGCGGCAGCCAUGAGCGCGGGCGUGGACAACCUGACUCGAGAGGACGUCACAAGCUUGGCCAUGAAGGAGAAGAACUGGCCGGCGCUGCUCAUCCUGGUCAUCAUUGCACUGACUGUCGGCGGCAACAUCCUGGUCAUCCUGGCUGUGUCACUGGAGAAGAAGCUCCAAAACGCCACCAAUUUCUUUCUGAGGUCCUUGGCAGUGGCCGACAUGCUGGUGGGCAUCCUGGUCAUGCCCAUCUCCCUUAUCAACAUCCUAUAUGACUAUGCCUGGCCUCUACCCAGCGCUUUGUGCCCCAUCUGGAUUUACUUGGAUGUGCUCUUCUCCACCGCCUCCAUCAUGCACUUGUGCGCCAUCUCCCUGGACCGCUACGUGGCCAUCCGCAACCCGAUUGAGCACAGCCGCUUCAACUCCAGGACCAAAGCCAUGAUGAAGAUUGCAGCCGUCUGGACCAUAUCCAUAGGUGUUUCCAUGCCCAUCCCGGUGAUCGGCCUUCACAACGAGGACAAGGUUUUCGUCAAUGGCAGCUGUGUGCUCAAUGAGGAGCGCUUCAUUCUGAUUGGCUCCUUCGUGGCCUUCUUCAUCCCGCUGGUCAUCAUGGUGGUGACGUACGGCCUCACCAUCCAGGUGCUGCAGAGGCAGGCGACUGUCUUCCUUUGCGAGGCCAAGACGUCCUCCCAGCAGCCUUUGCAGCCACCUGUCAUCAGCGUCACCUUGCAGACUCCCACCUUCCACAUCCCGCAGAUCCAGACGCACGCCCCGCCGGAACCACAAGCAGAGCUCAAACCGCCGGCCACGCAGACUCGCCGCAACACGCUGAGCUGCCUAAGGGGGGCGGAGCCUGGCAUGCUACUCAGCGUCUCCACGUCAGAGAGCAUCAGCAUCGUUCCCAGCUCGGAUGCCGCGUCGCAGCUGAGCUCUCCGGCCGCCGGGCCCGGGAGGAGCGAUGCCUCAGGUUGCCAUGGGCGGCGGGGGAUGAUGCAGGCUAUCAAGAACGAGAGGCGGGCCUCCAAGGUGCUCGGGAUCGUCUUCUUCCUCUUCCUCAUCAUGUGGUGCCCUUUCUUCAUCACCAACGUCACCUUCGUGCUGUGUGGCGGCUCCUGUAACGAGUCCUUGCUGCACGACCUGCUCAACGUCUUCGUGUGGGUGGGCUACAUCUCGUCGGGGGUCAACCCGCUGGUCUACACGCUCUUCAACAAGACCUACAGGAGAGCCUUUUCCAGCUACAUCCGCUGUCGCUAUAACGUGGGCACCAAUGCGGCGGCGCAGGGCGGGAAGAACCCGCUGGGCGGUGCGACCACGUCGUCGUGUCCCUCGCACGCCGUCACGCCCCUGCUGGCGGACAGCCACAGGAAGGAGGGUGUGGACCGCAACAGUAACUGUCGCAACGGCGGGCGGGGGGGCAACGGGCGGCUAGCGGUCGACUUGGAGGACAUCACGGACGACGGCACCCAAACGGGGGGCACGUCGCAGAGCCUCUCGGAGUACCACAACGCGGGCGCCCUGUCGGAGACAGAGCCAGAGACCGAGGUGGAGCAGGAACUGUCAAUCAUCAGCUACAGCCCCGCCUCCCGGAUGCACACAAGCAGCGUGUGACCCUUUCAUUGUGAAGGGAAUGGCUAGUGAAGGGAAUGGCUACACACGACAGACCGCAUGUCCCAGAGGGGUCAAAGGGCGCCAUUCAUAUGAAUCAAAUGUACUUUUUGUUUUGCAAGUGUUCAAACCAGCAAAGGAAUGGGAUUGUCCUUUCUGAAUUAAAAAAAACACACACAAAAAAAAAAACAGUAUGGAAUUUAAGAGAAUCUCUGGUCUGACACCGCCCUCUGGUGGGCAAAGGAGAAGGCAGCAACUCCACCUGCAAGGUCUUUACAAAAAAAAUAAAAAAAAUUGAGUAAAACGAAUAAAUAGAUAAUUAUAUUAAGUUAGAUGAAUCAGAUAUAUAUAUAUACUGUAGGUCUUUGUCACAUUUGCAGAGUUAAAUUUAGGGAAACACAAUGGUGGUGCGUCAUUCUGGAAACUGGCUUUUGAAAAGGCAGUCAACGUAGAAAUCUUCCUCCAGAUGAGUUGAUGUCGCCUCAUUCAUGUUUCCCACAGCGGAAGUGACCGGCACCAUUUUUAUCGGACCAGGAGAUCAACGAGCAGCGGGUUAAUCAGAAUGACAAGCAGGAGUCAGCUGAUUUGGAUUCUAUGCACCUUCUACAUGAACCACCACAAGGACUGACGACGGAAAACUUUGUUUGAGCCUUAAAGUCUGCAGGAGGAAGGGCUGAUCACAAUGUCACUGUUUUUGUGGCGGCUAAUGGACUAUAAGUGUUUUGUUUUUUCCUAAGUGUGAGACAGGGGAGGUGCAGCAGUUUGGGAAAAAUAAAGAUAUACAUCUUUUUCAAACCCUCAAA